AUGAACUGGACAGCCAUCGCCAGUUGCUUGGGUGUGAGUCCUAAAACUCUUCACAGAAGAAGAAUAGAAUAUGGCAUAGCUGACACUUACAGUGACAUCACAAAUCAGGAACUUGAAUGGAAUAUUAGAGAUAUUCUAAGAUUGACACCCGUCUCUGGCGAAACUUACGUACGAGGGGCUUUGCGUGCUCGGGGUAUCCAUAUCCAAAGAUGGAAAGUUAUGGAAGCAUUCGAAACGAUUGCUCCUGUUAACCGUGCUAUAAGGCGGAGAUACGCUAUCCAAAGGCGUCUGUAUAAUGUAAGGAAACCAAAUCAUCUCUGGCACAUUGAUUCAAACCACAAACUCAUCAGCUGGAGAUUUGUCCUCCAUGGCUGUAUUGACGGAUAUAGCAGGGCUAUAAUCUAUGUGAAGUGUUUCUUUCACUAACAAUAUUGCACAUACAGUUUUGCAAUGUUUUGUCAAUGGGACGCAAAAAAUUGGACUUCCCUCCCGCGUACGAGGGGACAGGGGCGUAGGAAAUGUAGAUGUUGCUCGAUUUAUGAUUGCGAAUAGAGGUCUAAACAGAGGGACUUCAUAGCAGGACGUAGUGUCCAUAACCAAAGAAUCCAGCGUCUUUGGGCCGAGGUGAAUAGAGUUAGUUCCGCCUACUAUAAAGAUCUAUUCCAAUUCAUGGAGAAAGUGAAAUUCUUGACGCCCAUGAUGAGCUUGAUCUAUAUGCCCUACACUAUAUUUAUCUUCCAGCAAUACAGGCAUCGCUGAAUGAGUUUGUUAACCAAUGGAAUCAUCAUGGACUACGAACUAUGCAUAGUAUCUCGCCUCUUGCACUUUGGUAUUCUGAGGUUAUUGAAAUUGGUGUGACUGGUGUCAAUAUCGGGGACAUAACUUUAUAUGGCAUAGAUCCCGACGGUCCAGUCGGUGAUAUUGAAACCGAAAAUAUGGUUGUUGUUCCUGAAAGUACAAUUAAUUUAACCGAAAAUCAAGUCAGUGUCUGA